AUGCUCUUGCCACUCAUCAUUUUUGGUUUAUAUUUCUGGACAAGUGAUAUAGCACAGGAAGAUAACGAUUCACAUUCAUCGCAAAAGCAUUCAAAUUUGGAGUCUUCGAAUAUUCGUUACCUUUCAAAAAAGCGUUCAAGUUUCACAAAACAUUAUGUAUCAUCUGCAACGAGUGGUAGUUCUGUUUCCAAGCGUGCCAACGAAAAAUGUGUCAACACUUUAACUAAUGCUUUCAUGGAUAAAGGUAUGGUAGUCGUUGGAACAUGUGUUUCACAUAUGACACCACCCCAGAGUAGCUCAGGGGUUGAUAAUGAUGUACCAGCGCAGACCAUUUCGGGGCGGCGGUCAUUGUUAAGGCAUAUAUUUCGCUCAGAAAGUUCAUCAAAUGCAAUAACUGGCAGUGGCAAUGGUAAUACUAACGGUAAUAAAAAGAGUGCCGGAACAGAACAUGAAAUGAUAAAACUGGCUCAGUGUCGUCCUUUCACUCCUUUGGAAGAACGGAAAAUCACUUCAAGUAAGUCAGCUUUUGCACUCUCAUCGACGUCAUCACUGUCAACACAGUAUGACGCGGAUUCUUUACAGUCAUACAGUGCUGAACGAUCUGCUGAUUGCUCAUUUUUGAAACGGAAUUGGUUUUCUGGACAACAUCAACAUGCAGUCCCCUCCCUUCGCACCUUCAAACCAGGUCAUUCAGCCAACAAUAUUGUUACUCAGGAAGACAUGCAAAAAUUAAAUGGCUCGAAUUCUCAUUUCACAGUAAAUCCAAAACCAGCUGUAAGACCGAAACCAUUGACACUAAGGCGUGAACGGAGCGAUUUGACGACUGGAUAUGUGCCACGUAUCUCUACUCAUUACACAGAGCAUAAUGCUGGUAGCGAUAGUGACGUUAGUGUUCGAUGUGCUCUAAUGCCACCAUCCACAUGCCUUGAUGAAAAUACCUUUCGUAAAUGUUUGGAGGAAUUGAAAAGGAAAAGACAAGAAGCUGCAGUUUCUGAAGCUAACUCCAAAUCUCGUCAGCAGCAGCAAUCCCAAAGAAAUCAUCACAAGGAAGUUGUUUUAAGGGCACGCUCGAGUGACGGAACUGAUCAGCGUCGUUUGUCGGUUCCCGAUUUGGCAGAUUUGGCGCAUAACUCACUAGCAAAUGGUGUUACCGGAGUUGUAGCCACGGCAAAGGCAUUAACUUCGAAGCUUGGUCGAAAUCCAAGAACUGGAGAAUUACGGACGAUAAAUGAAGGGUUAGUUACACCAGUGAUACGACGCAAGCAGUACAUCAAAGAUAUGCAUGCAAAUAAUACAGCAAACGAUUGGUCUGUUGGAAGUUUACUUCAAAAACCAUCACUAACCCGUAAAAAGACGGUGAAGCAAAUUGAACAGGAGCAUCUAAAGCAUGAUGGUCGUGAUGGUGCAGGACAUAUCUUCACCAGAAAGUAUCAUUCUAUUAUUGGUAAUGUUGAUAUCUUACUUUCUUUUUCACUCUUUACGCAUCAAUCUCGUAUUGUCUCUUGCAAUUUCCUCAUCCGUAUUCGUGGAUCGUUAUUCACAAUAUUUUGCUUAGACAUUUUGCUUAGACAUGAUGAAAUAGUAAAAGUGCUGCAUUUGCUGGACAGACGAGGCGACAUUUCUGCAACAUUGAAUUGGCAUUGA